CAGCGUCUCGUGGAUCCUACGGCCCAUUCCCCCCGAUCCCCUCCCACUUUUUCGUGCUUUACUCCAGAGCGCAAGGCGCCUUCUCGCUUCCGCCCCUCUCCUUCUUCCUCGCCCUCCUCUCCGCCCGCCGCCUGCUCUGCUCGCCGUCCGAUCCGCCGCCUCCGCCGUCUCCAUGGGUCUCCUGUCGAACAGGAUCGGGAAGGAGAGCCUGAAGGCGGGGGAUCACAUCUACUCGUGGAGGGCCGCGUGGGUCUACGCGCAUCACGGAAUAUACGUGGGCGAUGAUAAGGUGAUCCAUUUUACCAGAGGAAGGGACCAAGAGGUCGGAACAGGAACGGUCAUUGAUUUUCUUCUUGUGAGUUCUGGCCCUACUAGGAGCACCACGCCAUGCUUGGUAUGCAGCAGCGAAGAAGCCACCACCGUGGCGGAGACAAAUGGUGUAACCUCCUCUUGCCUCAGCUGUUUCCUGGCAGGGGGUGCCCUCUACCGUUUCGAGUAUGACGUCAACCCAGCACUUUUCCUUGCCAAAGUGCGAGGAGGGACCUGCACACUUGCUGCCACUGAUCCUGACGAGGUGGUUGUCCGACGUGCCAAAUACUUGUUGACCAAUGGUUUCAGGUGCUACAGCCUGUUCAAGAACAACUGCGAAGACUUUGCUAUAUACUGCAAGACUGGUCUGCUUGUGGCUGAGCAAGGCAACGUCGGGCUCGGGCAGAGUGGGCAGGCUGUGUCCAUCAUCGGCGGCCCUCUUGCUGCUGUGGUUUCGACCCCUUUCCGCCUAGUAACCACGAACAUCUAUGGAGUGGCGGUGAUGGCUGUCGGGGUGUACUGUGUCAGCAGGUAUGCAGGUGACAUUGGCAACCGCCGAGACGUGCUGAAAGUGGAAGUGGAGGACCUGACUGCCGGGCUCGCAAGCGGCCGGAUUCGUCCGGCGAACAUCAGUCAGCUGGCCACUCCAGGGCAAGUCCAGGUUCCGGCCGUGACCACACUAGUUGCUGCUUAGAAUGCGGCACUGAUGUUGUAAAAUAUGGAGAUGUAUACAUCACCAUCACUACUGCUAUAUGUACCACCGAAAUCGUUGUUCAAACCUGCUAAAACUGUGCCAGGAGUGAAAUUCCCAUUCAGCAAGAGCUGUGUGUCAGAGUGUUGUAUCCGCUACGGUCGUGUAUGGUUUCUCAUUAGUAUUGUAUAAAGAAGGUUGAACAUUGGUGUGUAGUUUUCUCGAAUUUGUAUCAAGAUUUCCGCUCCUGUCUA